AUGCAGGCCCACAGUCUCGUCCGCAUCUGCGGGCAGGAGGCUUCAUCUUUCUGCAGGACCUGUGGGCACUGUAGCAAGAUGGUGCCUGGGGCACAGGCAGGAAAUUACACUCAGCACCCAGACUGUUGGUCCAGGGGAGGUGACUUGCUAGAGGCAGGGCUUCCCCCACACCACCAUCUAGAUAAGAGGGUUGUUGAAUCUCGAAAGCCAGCCCAGCCUGUGAAGAUUGGCCCUCCCCUCAUCCCAGCCGAAGUGCAAUCCUAUCGUCGCAGGCCUAGCCGGGUUGGUGACUUUUCUCUGAACAGUGGUGGCCUUGAGAAAAGGGCCACUCACGGUGCUCGCGACCCAGCGGGUGUCAGCCCCGCCCCUGCCCAGCCGAGCCAGCGGCAAGCGUCUCCGCGCCCCGCCUGGGCUCCGCCCCACUCGGGCCCCGCCCCCAACAGCGCGGCCUGCAUCUCCCAUGAGCCUCUUCGGCUGCCACACUUCGGAAAGGAAGUGGCCUUCUGCACCCGGGCAGCAGUUAAAAGACGGAUCGCCGCGGGCAGCAGCUGCUGGGCCCAGGCGGGAGGCGGGACUUCCGCUCCUUCGGGUGUACGUCAGGCAGGAGGCGGAAGCGCAGCGGGGGCGGGAAGGGUAGCGGCCUCCCCACCUUCCUCACUUCCCUUUCUCUGGAUGUUGGCCGCAGCCGCCCAGCCUGCCCUCCACGCCCUCCAGCAAGGACCCUUUGAGACGCAGGUGCCGCCCUGUCUCAUCCCUGCUUUAUGUUUCCCUUCACUAGAUGGCACUCUUUCCUCUCGUCCCAACCGGCUUGGCUCGCCCUGUGCUUCUGCUUCAGGGGCAUGUAAGGAUAUUUUGUUCAAAACCGAAAUCUGUUUGCCAGCCCUUGUACUUUGCCCGGGUUCCGCUAAAGGCAUCCCUCAUCACGCCAAUAGAAUCAGUUCCUCUCUGCUUCCGGAGCACUGUUUGCGCCUUUUAAAGAGCGCGUUUGUUAAACUUUUUAGUUUUCAAAACAAAAACAGGGUUGCAAUCUUGGCAGAACUGGACAAAGAGAAAAGAAAAUUACUAAUGCAGAACCAGUCUUCGACUAAUCAUCCUGGAGCGAGCAUUGCACUCUCGAGACCCUCUCUUAAUAAGGACUUCCGGGAUCAUGCUGAGCAGCAGCAUAUUGCAGCCCAACAAAAGGCGGCUUUGCAGCACGCACACGCACACUCAUCUGGAUACUUCAUUACCCAAGACUCUGCUUUUGGGAAUCUGAUUCUUCCUGUCUUACCUCGCCUCGACCCAGAAUGA